AGCUGUUGCCAAGUACCUCCAAAACUUGUUUGAUUUGGAAGCAGAGCGUGGAAGGAAGGUUCUUCCAGUGGACAACCUGCUAGUUGGUAAAACUCGUAAGGAGGCAUCAAGGAUGUUUUUUGAAGCAUUGGUACUUAAAACAAGAGAUUACAUCCAUGUAGAACAGGAGAAUCCCUUUGACACCAUUAAUAUAAAGCCUGGAGUGAAGCUUUUGAAAUCCUGUUUUUGA